GCUGCAGGAGAAAAAGUUUGAGUGAGUGUCAGCGGGCGGGCUGCUGAUGUUGGCGAGCUUUCUUCACGUCUUUGUCACUGCGAGUCUGUGAACUUUCUCUUCUGCGGACUGACAGAGGAGGCGACCAUGGAAGAGGAGGGGGACACCCACCCGGAGAUAAGGCAUUUUCCUUCGCUUUGGUCUCUCUCCAGGUCCCGCUCCAAGAGUGACGGCUCCGGAUUUCGAGGAUUUCGCUACAGGGUGCUGAUUAGGCUCCGGGGAGCCCACUCAGUUGAUGGGUUGGAUAAAUCAUCAUCACUGGCCAGCUGUGACGUGGUGGUGGACAGCGCCACCAAUACCCAGAAUGUCCCUGCAUCACGGCAGCAGCGAGGCAAGCUGUCGUCACUAGGAAAACUGUUCAAACCCUGGAAGUGGAGGAAGAAGAAGACCAGCGACAAGUUCCAGGAUCUUUCUAAAGUUCUAGAGAGAAAAAUCUCCACCAGACAAACGAGGGAGGAACUCAUCAGGAAAGGAGUUCUCAUCGUUGACCAAGAUGAAACAAUUGGCAGCGAAAGUCUGAACGGCCAUGCCACAUCCAGUGUGACAUCAGAGGAGGUCAAAGUUCACAUUGAGUCUCCAUUAACACCGCUGGAGGAACAGGCCACCGGGCCUGUCAGCACUGAAGACAAAACAGCCAAAUCCUCACAUGCAAAGAAGACAGUAUGUACAACAAAAACCACCGCUGCCUCCACCUCCAUCUCCACCCCUCGUUCUCGUCUGUCUAAGGAGGCUACAGCACAGACUGGUGGGACAGAUGCAAGAACCAACCGGAAAUCAGACACUCCCACCUCUUCCUCUGUACCUCAAAAGGCCUCUGCAGAGACUCCAAGCCAGCCUGGGGAGAUAAAAUCCUUACCCAUUUCUUUAGACACCAAGUCUGUUUCCUCUAAUGCCUCAGGCAAUGAGACAGGGGGAACCCCACCUAGUCUGGAGCCUAAAUCUGCCCCCAAGGCCUCUACAGCGGGUGAGGAUACCCACAAAGGUAUGGCUCCUGAACUCACAGUCCAGUCUCCCCAUAUCAACAGAAGUACAGAGGACACUUCCUUCACAGAGGGGGAGACAGACAGCGGCUCACAGGGGGAGAAACGGGGGAGAACAGGAGGGGAGGGAGGAGAAGAAGAAGAAAAGAGCAGAGGAGAAACAGAGUCUCCUGUGGAAAACAGCCCUAGGUCAGCCAAGCAACAAUCUGAAAAGCCACAGGGCCUCAGUGUGAACACGGAGCAUGCCGAGGUGACGGUGAUCCCCAAUAGGCCGAGAGACAGCCAGACUAGUGACUCCGACUCUGACGGCCCAAUCCUGUACCGCGAUGAGGAGGAAGAAGAUGAGGAGGACGAGUACACAAACAGCGCUCUGGCCAAUAGGAUCCGUCGACGAGACACCCUAAACAUCAAACUGCGGAACCGACCCAGCAAGGCAGAGCUGGAGGAGAAAAAUAUUCUGCCACGGAGCUCCUUGACAGAGAGACACGAGCUCCGCCAGCAGAUAGGCAGCAAACUAGUCAGGCGCCUGAGCCAAAGACCCACCACAGAGGAGCUGGAGCAGAGAAACAUCCUCAAGCAAAAGAAUGAAGCAGAGGAGCAAGAAGCCAAGCAAGAGAUUAAAAGGAGACUCUCCAGAAAGCUGAGUGUGAGGCCUACAGUGGCAGAGCUCGUCGCUCGCAGGAUCUUGCGUUUUAACGAGUAUGUGGAGGUAACGGAUGCCAAAGAUUAUGACCGGCGGGCGGACAAACCCUGGACACGGCUUACUCCCGCUGACAAGGCUGCUAUCCGUAAGGAGCUGAACGAGUUUAAGAGCCGGGAGAUGGAGGUUCAUGAAGACAGCAAACACUUCACCAGAUUCCAUCGGCCAUAAGUGCUCUCACUGCCAGCUGGAUGUCAGCACCACAAGCUCUCCGGUCCACAGCUCCCAGCAGUCUCCCGGCCCUCCAGACCCUCAGUACACAGCUCUAUCCACAGCUCUGGGAUCCUCUUGCGCUUGAUGAUAUGUAUUUCUGUCUAUAGUGACAGCAUGUGUCUUAAGGCCUUGGCCAUCCAUGGACACCAGUGAAACAUUUGCACAUAUCUUAGAGUCAGAACAGUUUUUAUGGCGCUCUGAUUAGAACCAUUUAUUUAUUGUAGAUUGCCAGAACCUGCUGGGAUAUUAUGCUUGUUGUUUGUUUGUUUUUUUGGUUCACUUCGGGCCUUGUAAUGAGAAGUUCCAGGGAGGAAAAAUGGGCAAAAGUACCCGUAUUAGUGAAUGUGGCAUGAUUGUACUAAAGAGUUUGUGUACUUGCCAAGGCAUGCCUUGCCAUAAUGGCCAUAUAUGGGCAUCCUCCUAGAACCGGAAAUGGGAGUGAUUGGAUGGUUUCCUGCGGAUGUCAGUGCCUGUGUCAUAGAUCAGACGAGGGAGAGGUGCCUCUUGGAGUUAUAUCUGAAAUACUGCAGUUCAUUUUUAGACAUAUUUAAAGUAUAUUGCCACUAGAGGGCAUUAUAUCGUAAGAGUUAGAGUCUAAAAGGAGGAAGACUAUGUAGAUGAUAAAUUACUUACAAGUGUUAUAUUUAUAACUACUUAAGCUUAAGUUCGCUGGACAUCUGAGGCACUAAUAGUGAAGUGCAAUGAAAAUCACUCCAAUUCUAGCCAGUCUCUCAGCACUUUUCCUGAUGAUACAUGGUUAUCGUGUACCAUCAUAUAUUCUGUGUUGGGUUAUUAAGUGCAAAGCUCUGACCACAAAGUGCUGGACUUGCUUCAGUUUUUCAUUUUAAGGCUAUUGGCUGGAGCUCUUACUCAGAGUGACUUGGUGCCAAAGAAAAAGCAGAAAUUUGAUUGUAUUCUUGUCUUCUUAUUUGAAAGUUUACAGGUUUGAUUUUUUUUUUUCGGUGGAUAUCAUAUAAAGGUUUUAUGAAUAGAGUACAGGCACUGAGAGUUUCACCACUGAAGCAAUCAACUGGCCUCUCAAAGAAGUGGAGAAGAAUUUUAUUUUCCAUUUCCUUGAACAUGCUUUUGCAGUUUAAUCUGUCAGCCUAUGAUACAUACACAAGGAGAGCCUUGCUGACAUGUAGCCCUUUCAUAACUUGCCCUAACAUGCACCUUGAAUCCAGCAGUGAACAGCUGUUUUAAUCAACACACAGUUUGAUUUCUCUUUUGGCUCCAAACCUGAGAAUUUAAAGGAAUAAUUAAACUUUUUAGAAAUACACAAGAUCACUUGAUUGAUUAAUUAAUCUGUAACUAUUCUCAUAGUCAUUGUCAUAUAUGAUAUUAUACUGAAUACCCCUAUAUAGUUAAUUGCAUUGUUAAAAGGCAGUCACUUUCUUGCUGAGUGUUAGAUGUGAAGAUCAAUACUUCUUAGCCUGUUUUAUAUUCCACUGUCUGUCUGAAUUCAUUUUUAUUGUUAUGAGAUUAUAUACAAACAGGUAAAUUGUCACAGUUGGCUGUACAACAACUUAACUCCAUUCAAGAGGGUUUGCCUCUGUUUAAAUGCACAGACAGUUAGUGUGUGUAGAUUUAUGGUUUGUUAGCAACUUGGCUCAGGUGGUUUGGAUCAUUUGGAUCACUGUUCAUCUUUGGUGCAUUUAUAGAUUUUCUGCCUCUAAGUGAUCCUUCCAGAUCAAAUCCUUAAGAUGCAUGUUAAUGCAAAUUGUAAAGGGGAUACAUUUUUUUAUGAUUUUUUUUUGUGGGAAUGCCAGAACAUUUGGCUGAGCAAUCAGAAAAAGAAACCCUCAGAAUAUUCAGAGAGAGAGAGAGAACCUGAACUGAUAACUUAAAAUAUUUUAGGACUCAUAUAAGAAGCUGGGACAGAACACAACAAGACAUGGCCCCUUACUCAUUGCUGUGGGUGUGACCUUGGCUGAGAAGUGAUUGACAGGUUGAGCUUGCUGACGUCUGAAGGCUUUUUAUUCUCAUAAGAGACCUCCAACCUCCACAACACUCAUCAUUCUUACAAACAGUAACUGAAAAGGACAGGUUUAUUCUUUCGGUGCGGAGGUUGUAACAUGAAAUGAUGUACAGCGAUGGAAAAGAAAACAGUAUUCAUGCCAAUGUCUAUGUUGUUAUAUAUUGAUUAUUUUGUACAGAAUGUAUAUCGAGCAUGUGCAUACAUUGAAAUCCAUUUUACUACUAGUAUGAUACAAUACAACUUCGAUGUGAAAGUUUUACGCUCUGAUUUUAGUUGUCGUAUUUUAUUUUUUAUCACCCCCAGACAAUCAUAAUGAAAUGAACAGUUCAGCACUCAUGUAAGUGCUGUUUCUCGGCAGAAUAUCCGGCACAGUACAGUCUUGUCUUUACCAAACCUGUUUCCUAAGCAGACCAUGGACACGGCACAAUAUGGUAGUGAUAAAUAUCUCUCUGGCUUUUUGGUAUUCUGUUGUACCUUCACUUUAACUGGAGUCAGCAGGUGCAAUGCGGCAGAAAUUUCAUGGAUAGUGACUCAGUUUAAAAGCAAUUUAUAAUCCUUCCUGGACCUCUCUUUUGAUUUAUGUCUUCAGAUGACCAUAGUUCACCGCGCACAAACCCAAACAGGAUGCGACGUGAAACUUUGGCAUAAUCAUAUCUAACUGUCCAGAAAGCUCCUUUUAAUUUAGAUACACAAAUUAAAAGUCUUACUGGUGGUAAAGCUUUGAAAACCUGAAUAUGCUGCUUGCAUAUCUUUAACAAAGUCAGUAGGUUAAUCCAACUAGUAACAUUUAUUUCAACCCAGCCGAUUUAGCAUUUAUAAGCAGUAUAUGGUCAAUGUGAAAGCCAUGUGAAACAGGUCACUUGUAGUUAUUAACCUACAGACUUGUAUUUGAGGCUCCCCUCUGUUUUAUGGAGCUGUACAGUGAGUUUUAGUUUAUUGUUUAGCUGUCCUGCAACUUUACUGUUCACUCUUGUUCACUCUCACGGCUUUCAAAGCGUUGUUUUCAGCAGCAGCACGCAGCUGAUUUCAUCAAAAAAGCUUUUUUUUUUUUUUCAAGUGUACACUACCUGACCAAACCAAACAGUAGACUGAGCCAGAGACUAGCUGGUGAACACAGUGGAGCAUCUAUCAGCUAAAGAGACAGAUAUUUCCUCGAAGAGUUGGUAAAGACCAAAAAUGGAGCUAGAGGAGAGUGAAUAUUGAACUUAAAUUGGUCAGGUGGCCAUAGACUUGAAUCCACAUGAAUGAUAAUGUUACUCUGUAACUGUAGAUCAACUAAAAAAGUUAAUCCAUUAGUGCAGGUUUAAGCGUUUAAUAAUGUAUUUGUUUACAACUUUAACUCUGUAUCUUUAAUCUUAUAUAAUAGUAUUUACAUUUAUUGAACACAUUAGAAAUAGUUUUAAACCUGUCUCAAUGAUUUUCAUACAUGUAUAAAUGGUUAAUACAUGCUUCGUAACGCAAAGGAUUAGUUAUGAUAAGUUAUGGUAUACUGCACAAUCAAUCAUUCAUUAGCUGUUUAAACACCAGUUAUAGAUGCUUAAUUGUAGAAGUUAGAAUUGCUGACAAAGUACAUUAAUCAACACUUAAAAAUGUACUUAUUUGCUUGCAUCUGCAUUAGUGUGUUAAAGACCAUUUAUGAUGUAUUUAUAUACUGCUUAUAAAUGCUAAAUAGAGAGGUUAAUAUAAAAUAAGACGCUCUAGAAAUUGUACUUGUUUGUGUAAAUCCAGGCAAUCGCUUGGUGUUUUCAAUUAUAAAACAUAAAACACAUCUAAUACUGAGACUUUUUACAGGGGAAUCCUGGUCUGAACCACAUCUACAUUUAAGGUUUACUUUUUCCUGCAACACUGGUGCAUAAUUCCAUAUUUUAGAGUCCAGAGUUAGGUAUAGCAUCUAGGCUAAGCAGUUGAGAGUGUUGAAGAGCCUUGACCGUUGGUGUUUUGUCAAUGUUAAUCACAAGGAGCGAGGCCUGUAAAAACCUUUAUGGCUGCAGUCUGUUUCAUCUCAUCCUGUGUGGAACUGUAAAAUAAACACAAUACACCUUCUGAAAGCUUUAAAAGAUGUAACACACCCUACAUUGCUUUGCAUUGUCCAUGACAGUGAACCAAUGAAAUUAAAGUGUCAAACAUACAAUUACAAGACAAGUAUUUGUCUAACCCUUCAGUUGAGCGUGGUUAAAAACACUCAUGGCCACUUUGACACUUGCUUUCCCGGCUGCUGCUAUUAAUUUGCAGUACUGGAUACUUCACCAGUUUAUGAAAAUGUUUACAUUUGAGGAUGUCUGCUGUUGUAAUGGUGCUUGAGGCUUCCUUUAUCACUUUCCCAAAUCAAAUCCCCAAUUUCUGACAAGAGCCAUAAUCAGACUGCUGCUGUUAGUGAUCGAAAGCCUUUUAUCUUCAACCCGUAGUCUUUUCUUGAUCUUGUGAAAUCACAGUAAGGUAUCAUGAUGGAUGGUGACCCAGUCACACCGUAAACCCCCCAACUAUAAAUGCAUUGGAUGUAACUGAAAUGCUUUGAUUUAUUUAUUUUUCUCACACAAUGGCAGCAAGAUGCUCAAAGCAGCAACGGUGGAUAUUGGACUCCAACUUACCUUUACUGUAUGUUUGACUUAAGAUUGAUUUGUCAUAGGAUGAUGUCAUAUAUCCCAAAAACAGCUACUGUUGCGUCCAAACUGUGUAUAUUUUUUGUAUAUAAAGAAUCAUGGAAAAACAUCUUA